AGAUAAAAAGCCGACCCCAUAUCGCCCAUAUCAGAAACCGCUUCUGGCAGUGAACUUCGAAUCUGUGAAUAUCUUUCUAACUUUACCUAACUUUUGGGGACAACAUACCUGCUCGACUCUGAUUCCUGCUCUGAUUUGUCUUAAGAAAUGGCAGCUGAUCUUGAGAGGGUGAGGCCAGAGUUUGUGAAAAAGGUGUCAAAAGAAGUCAUUAAACAGCUUUUGGACUCCCUUUUAAAAGACGGCGUCUUGAACAAUGGAGAGAAAGAUUCAGUACUCGAGGAGAACAGCAGCCGAGGUGACAGGGCUCGUAGCCUCAUUGACAUGGUGAAGGUGAAAGGCGACAAAGCCAGCAUGAAGAUGAUUUCUCACCUUCAGAGUCUAGACUCCACACUUCAUGCUGAACUUCGUCUGCCCUCUGAGCGAUCUACCCAACCAGUUUCCCAGGAGGAACAGCCGUGGCCUUCAACGAGUCAGCUGGUCACCAGCUCUAAUCCCUGCGAUGUGCCAAAACUACCAACAAAGAAGUAUAGUGACAAAGAUGUUUACCCCGUGAACCAACAUUCUUUUAAGAACCGGGUGGCACUGCUGAUUACAAAUAAGGAAUUUAGGGACAAGACUUUGAACAGAGAAGGAGCUGAGACAGAUGAGAAGAACAUGAAGGAGCUCCUCAGAGCUCUGGGAUACAAAGUGACUGAAUACAGCAACCUCACAGCACAGGAGAUGGAUGAGGCACUCAUUCACUUCUCGAGAGAUCCAAAACUCGCCCAGACAGACAGCGUGUUUGUGGUGAUCAUGUCUCAUGGGAAAAGGGGAGUCAUUCUUGGCGCCAACUGGGAAGAGACGCCACCUCCCGGAGAGGAACCUGAUGAGUUCGCCAUUGACAACAUUUAUAAUCAUUUAAACACGGAAGGAUGCCCAAAUCUGAUGGACAAACCCAAGGUCAUCAUCAUCCAGGCCUGCAGAGGAGUCAACAAAGGAUCGGUGUUGGUUAGCGAUGGGUCACAGCCAGGCCACUCCCUGCCGGAUGUAGAAAAUGACAUAGAGGAGGAUGCUCUGCGACGUGUCCACAGAGAGAAAGACUUCAUCUCUCUUCUUUCCUGCACUCCUGAUGCUGUUGCCUACAGAAGCAGGGAAAAUGGAUCUCUUCUCAUCCAGCAUGUUGUCAGUGUAUUCACCGAGUUCGCCAAACAGGAUGACAUUGACAACCUUUUCAGAAAAGUGAUGCAACGCUUUGAUGAUCCUGCUCCUAGUGUAUUUCAGAUGCCAACCAAAGACAGAACCACUCUGCUGAGACGCUUCUACCUGUUCCCUGACAUCUGAGACCUCGUUCCCUGUUCUUGGUGCUUUAUUUCCACAUUCCAGGCUAUGAUGGAUCAUAAUUAAUAAAUGAGGUGGAGGCAUCAUGCCUCCACCUCAUUUAUUAAUUA